AGCUUCGCUUUACCCCCCAGAGUACUUUGUAACUACCUACAUAGUUGCAAAUAAUGAUGAUUUUCUAGGUGAAUAAUAGAAAAUGAAUAUAAAUAUAGUAGGGUGUUUGUUACGUGGGGCUCAGUGUUGUACUCGUGGUUUUCUCACCGGUCCCCGGAACCACAGUGCGAACCAAACACCUUCAAAUCUGCCCGAGAACACCAGAUUCAGCCCAGCUCCGACAUCCAAAUAUGACUGGAUUGGGCCACCAGACAGACUAUCAAGUCUGCGCCCGAUUAUAUAUCACAUCCCUGAGAAUGAGACCCAGCUGGAGACGAAACUGAGACAUCUGAGGCAGGAAACAGAGGACUGGAACCACGAGUUUUGGACCAGACAGAAUGUUACAUUUAGCAAGGAGAAAGACGAAUACAUACAAUCACAGCUAAAAGCAAAGGGGUUUUCAGAAACAGACGAGAAAGGAAGAAAACAAACUUUGACCAGUGAGGAAAUGGCAGUGUUUUACAAAUACUUUCUAGACAAAAACUUUAAGAAACAUGCAAGCUAUAACAAAGAAUGGUACAGACGAAACUUCACCAUCACAGUUCUGAUGGCCAAAGUAACUCUGCAAAAUGCCUGGAGGACACUAACUGGUCAAGCAAGAAGUAAAGGCAAACCCACGACAAUGCCUAAAUAAAAACACUGUGUAAAUCAGUUGACUGUAAUUCUCCCAUUCAGCAUGAAAUGGUUUUUAACAAAAUAUUUCCACAACUAUUUUGCCACUGUAAAGAUUUAAAGAUUUAAAUUAAAAUAAAUAUAUCACAUUGAAUGUAAUUGUGUGCAACUUGCCCUGUUUGAGUAUUGUAAAUAAAGAACAGUUAAUAUUUG